UUCAUACACUGCACAAAUGGCCAAUCCAUAUUGUGUACCUCCUCUACUUCCCAUGCCACAUUCAUAUGGUCCUCCACCUAUUCCCAGUCCUCUCCACCUCUCCACCAUGACCUCGGCCUACUCUACCCCAGCGGCUAGUCAAAUUUCAACUGAAUCUAUACAAACAAAGCCUGUAAGAUGCCUUAAAACAAUAGAAACAGUCAAAAUGGUUCCGAAAGGUAAAGCGGGGCCUGUCAGCGCACUUGUUUCCAUACAACCUAUAGAGGACAGUAAUGAAAAACAAACAUCGGAGGAAGCCAAGAACAUACAGUUUGCUACCAUAAAAGAUGAUGACAUCAAGGCUAAGCAGAAGAAACGGCUUGAACAGUUUAACCAGAGAAUGAAGCUGAAGAAAGAGCAACAAAUGGAAGCCCAGCGUUCACGUGGACAAAAUCGGAAUUCAGCUCAAGGUAAAAGUACCCCCAAUGAGAUAAAGAAUGUGUGGAUAUGUGGCCACUCUCUUGUGUUUUGGGCUGAGAAGAGGGCUACUUCCCCUGAGUAUGGAGUGCAGCUGGGCAUGCACCCAGAUUCAAUACGCAUCUGGUGGAAGGGCGUGCAGGGCAUGGCGUGGCAACAGCUUGUUCCUUUGCUGCUCCAGCUCAAAGACAACUGGCCCAAGCCUGAUGUGCUUAUAUUCCACUUGGGUGGAAAUGACAUAAGCACAACUGAUCCAGAGGACUUUAUUGAGACUGUGAAGAAAGACCUGACCUCGCUGAAGAGCAUAUUCCCCGGAUGCCUGCUGGUGUGGUCCAGCAUCCUUUCACGGCAGACCUGGAGGGGUACAGAAGACAGCAAAGAGAUGGACGUUAUCCGGAUGGCCAUUAAUGAGAGCAUAUGUGGAAUUAUGAGACAACUUUGUGGCUCUGCUUUGAGCCACGAAAACAUAAGGCCAAGUUUUGGACUCUACAGACCAGAUGGGGUUCAUCUAUCGGGGAAGGGUAUUGAUACCUUCAAUCUGAACCUGCAGGCUUUUCUGGAGAAAUGGGAGAAUGAGACUAACAAGACGGAGCCAUCGGGUUUGAGACGAGGGAAAGUCAUUUGUUUUGUUUAG